AAAAUCGAUAUGGGUCGUGGAAAGAUAGAGAUAAAGAGGAUUGAAAACAACACAAACAGACAAGUAACGUUCUGCAAACGUAGGAAUGGACUACUAAAGAAGGCUUAUGAAUUGUCUGUUUUGUGUGAAGCUGAGGUUGCACUUAUUGUCUUCUCUAGUCGUGGCCGUCUCUACGAGUAUGCCAAUAACAACAUAAGAUCGACUAUAGAGAGGUACAAGAAGUCUUGCUCAGAAACAACUAAUCCAAUCCCCACUCCUGAGAUCAAUGCCCAAUUCUAUCAACAAGAGUCAAAGAAGCUUCGCCAACAAAUUCAAGGGCUUCAGAACACCAACAGGAAUCUAGGUGGAGAAGGAUUGGGAUGCUUGAACUUAAAGGAUUUGAAACAGCUUGAAAAUAGGCUUGAGAAAGGCAUCUCAAGAAUCAGAUCCAAAAAGCAUGAGCUAAUACUAGCAGAAACUGAAUGCUUGCAGAAAAGGGAGAUAGAGCUGGAACAUGAAAAUGCAUGCCUUAGAGCCAAGAUUGCCGAAAGUGAGAGGAUUCAGCAGCAGCUAGGCAUGUUGCAGGGACAAGAAUACAUGAUGAACAAUGCUGCGAUGCAUUUGCACGCAUAUUUCUCUCGCAAUGUUCUUCUCAUGAACAACAAUAUCAUUAAUAAUAACUUAAACAAUGAUCAAGAGGAGGCUGCUGGUCAAGAUGAUGAAGGUGGUGCUUCCCUACCAUAUCGACCCCUCCUAAUCCCCGACAACAAGUCUCUUCUUCAUCUUGGAUAG